CAGCAUGACGUCUGGACGCGCGUUGUUAACCCCGCCCCGGAGCUCUCGGCAGAACGUGAAGACUUCUUAAUUCGUAGUUUAUUAAAUCAUUCACCAAUGUUUUUAAUAUUAUUGGAAAGGCAGACAACAUGGAGUUGUUAAAUAUAACCCGGAAGAGUUCGUGAAGUCCUGUGGCCACGCCCAUCUCUUGCGAUACGGCCUGCAGUGUGUCAAUGUGGACUGUGCUCCGUCUUUUGGUGUAGAUGCCAUCGCGAUGAGUGUGAAGGCUUUUGAGCUGGUGCCUGCCGUGGAGCGGGACCUGCUGAUGGGGGACAAGGCUCGCAUCAAUGUGGAGUGUAUUGAGUGUUGUGGGAAACACCUGUACGUGGGCACCAACGACUGCUUUAUCCACCACUUCCUGCUGGAGGAGGUGCCCUCUCAGAAAGGCGGGAUAAAGUACUCGGCCCAGAAGCUGCAACAGAAAUACCUGGGCCUUAAGAAACCAGUCGCAGAGCUCCGUGCCGCCUCAGCCUUGGAGCGCCUCAUCGUUCUCUGUGACGGCGUGCUGUUCCUGGUAGACAUGGCCACGCUGGAGACAGUUCCCUCAGCAACGGGCUCGGGCGGGGCCAAGAUAAAAGGCGUGACGUCUUUUUGCAUGAACGGAAACCCGGUGAACACCGACCCAUUCUGUGUGGAGAUCGCGGUGAUCUCGUCCCGACGGCGCACAGUGCAGGUUUACACUGUGUACGAGGACCGCGUGCAGCUGGUGAAGGAGGUGACCACGGCAGAGCAGCCCAGCGUAGUGAGCCUCGACGGCUAUUUUCUGUGCCUUGCACUGGCCAGCCAGUACAUGAUCCUGAACUACACCACUGGGGCCUCGCAAGACCUCUUCCCCUACAACAGCGAGGAGAGGAGGCCCAUCGUCAAGAGGAUCGGCAGGGAAGAGUUCCUCCUGGCUGCGCCUGGCGGCCUUGGGAUGUUUGCCAAUGCGGAGGGUGUGUCCCAACGUGCGCCAGUCAACUGGUCGGAGAGUGUGAUUGGUGCAGCUGUGUGUUUUCCAUAUGUGGUGGCCCUGGACCAGGACUUCAUCUCCAUCCAUAGCAUGCUGGACCAGCAGCUCAAACAGAGCCUGGCCUUCAGGGACGGGCACAUCCUGCAGGACUUUGAAGGUAAGGUGGUGUUGGCCUCCACCAAGGCAGUGUAUGUGCUGGUCCCGCUGCCCCUGGAGCAGCAGAUCCAGGACCUGCUGUCUGGAGACCGCGUGGAGGAGGCCCUGGUGCUGACGGAAGGAGCCCAGCCCAACAUCCCCAGGGACCGCUUCCAGAUCCUGCAUAGACGGAUCCUACGGCAGGCCGGCUUUAUCCAGUUUGGACAGCUCCAGUUUCAGGAAGCACAAGAAUACUUCAGGAAAGGAGAGCUGGACGUCAGGGAGCUAAUCUCCCUUUACCCCCUCCUGCUGCCCCCCACGUCCUCCUUCACCCGCUGCCACCCCCCACUGCACCCCUUCGCAGACCUCAACCACCUGGCCCAGGGCGACCUGGAGAAAGUGCUGCGCUGCAAGAGGUUCCUCAUCUCCUACCUAGGAUCGGUCCGUGGUACCGAGGCCUCCAGGGCGUCCCGGGAGGAAGUGGACACAGCGCUGCUGAAGCUGUAUGCUGAGCAGGACCACGAGAGUCUACUGGACCUGCUGGCCUCAGACAACACCUGCCUGCUGGCUGACAGCGCUCCCUGGCUGGAGAAACACAGCAAAUAUUUUGCCCUGGGUCUCCUGUAUCGCUGUAACGGCCAGGAUUCUGCUGCUCUGCAGUUGUGGAUCCGUGUGGCGGAUGGGGAGCUGCAGGACUCGACCCGACCGGACCUGUAUGAAUACAUAGUGGACUUCCUCACCUUUUGUCCUAAUCUGGACCUGGUCUGGAGGUACAGCGACUGGGCAUUGAAGAGAGACCCCAAGGUAGGAGUCCAGAUCUUCACCAAGAGGUCUUCUGGCAAGGACCAAUCGGGUCAGCCAAUGCCUGAUGAUGUCAUCACUUACCUUGAGAAGCACAGCCCUGCCCGCCUCCUAUACCUGGAACACCUGGUGUUGGAAAGACGCAUUAAGAAGGAGAAGUUCCACAGCCUCCUUGCCGUGCUGUACCUGGAGCAGGUGUUGUCUCUGCUAGAGGGCGCUCCUCCCCCGGCCCCAGGCCAGCUCUCCCUCGCCCGGGAGAGGCUUCAGGCCCUCCUCAGGGAGUCCAACCUCUACAGGGUCCAGCUUCUACUAGGUAAGAUGGAGGGCUGUGAUCAGCUGCUGCUGGAGCGUGCCACCCUCCACGGGAAGCUGGAGGAUCACGGAAAGGCGCUGGACAUCCUGGUCCACCAGCUCCAGGACUACAGCUCGGCGGAGGCCUACUGCCUCUGGGCCUCCUCCUCCUCCUCCCAGGGCGCAGCCUGCAGACAGCAGCUCCUCCACCUCCUUCUGGACAUGUAUCUAGGUGGAGGUGCAGAGGAGAGACGAGGAGACCUCGAGAUGGCCGCCGUGGACCUGCUGAACCGUCACGGCGAGCGGUUUGACGCGGUGCGCGUGCUGAGCGUGCUCCCGGAGGGCUGGUCCCUGCAGCUGCUCAAGCCCUUCCUGGGCCGGGCUGUGCGCACCAGUGUGCACGCUAGCAGGACGUCUCGCCUGGCGCUGGGCCUGUCCCGUGCUGAGAACCUGCAACUGUUGCACGACAGGUUAAAGGAGCGGAAGAAGCCCAUCCUGGUGUCUGAGAAGCGGGGCUGUCACCUCUGUCACAACACAUUCAGCUGCCCCGACGUGGUCUGUCUGCCCGGCGCUGUCCCCGUACACACACACUGCAUCGCACACAGACUGUCAGACUCCGCCCUCAACACGCAUGCUGACUCCGCCCCCAGCAAACACGUGGACUCUGCCCCUAACAAAAACUCAACGCAGAACAGCAAUCACACGUAAGACUCUCGCUGGUGCGGAAUCUGGACCAAUCAAGGAGCUGGGAUCGCCCGAACCAGAAGGCUAACCCAGUCAUGCUACGUGCUACUGAGACACGCGGAGAGGUGCGUGCGUGCUAGUUCACACGUGCCUAGGCGAAAUGGUUGAUUUGAAGAUAUUUAUUUCAGUGCUGCUUUUACACUAAUUUCUUUUUUUUCAACUGGAUGAUGUGAGAAUUGACUAAACCAAAUCAUUGACUGCCCCGCUCCUUCCCUGGCCUACUCUUUGAGGUGCUGUUUUCCCCCUGACCCCUGCUCCAGGGCCUUAUCUGCACCCCGCAUAUGUAUCAAGCUGAUGUCCACCCUAAACAGAACUCUUAACCGGUUCACAGCUUCUUUAGGAGAAAACGCUAAUACCAGAGGGUCAAACCUCCACUUCUCUGAGAUGAAAACAUUAGAUCAGAGUUUGUCAUUCAGUGUGUCAUCUUGCAAACUCCUUGGCAUCGGAUGCUUAACCACCAUGGGACUCAUUUGUACGGUCUGGUAUUCUUGCACAACAUAACGUCCGCCAGGUUAUGAAACAAUCUGACAUGAGCUUGCUUGGCUGUGGUCCCCCAUCUCAGUGCAGUGUCUUCAUGCUACUGCUGAGCUAAUGCUAGGCUUAUCCUCUUUGAACAGGAAGCACACAGUUUGCUAAGCUUGUGUCUAUCUAGAUGGGAAUAUAUGUGAUGUAUCAACCGCUGCUUUCGAAAUAAAAGUGUAAUUUGUCAUUUUGGGUGUGGGGGUGGCACAGUUAUUGUUAACAUUGAGGCAAAUGUCCUAGGGUUUACCUCUGCUUGUUUGUAUUGGGUCUGAGAUGGUCUUGAGAAGGUGUAAAACUGAUGGAAUAUACAUGUUUUGCAACAGGGUUACAUUUUUUUCUUAUUGUCCAAGUUAUAUUUUGACUCUUCUAGAAGGUGGUGCUUGACAGAGAGUAGAGGGUGGAAUGCUGACAUUCAUGAUUUGCAUCGGUAAAUGAUCUAUAAUCUGGAAUAUCUGCUGUAAUAUUUGAGUUGCCAACGUCUGACCAUUACAGGUGAAUGCGUGGCUAUUUUAUAUUUUGUCCCAUUGAGACUGAAUGAAAACAGCCCAACGUACAUUUUGAUUUAUAUAUUUGAUGUUUUUCCUUCUUCAAUUACUAAAUGGACUUCCAGAAGUUGAGGUCCCACAAAGUCAUGCGGUUGUCCUCGGUUGACCCAGCACUGAAAUUAGCGUUCUUGUUUUGUGUAUUUAAGGAGAGGUCAGAGAGGAAUAAUGGUCGGACCAUUUUACGUUUCAAGACCAUGAACCUUCCUUUAUUUGUGUGUGACUGUCCUAUCAUGUUAUAAUGGCGUAGCGGACACAUCCCUCAGGGUUACUACCAAGACGACAUUACCAACUACUGACCACUGUUAGAUAAUUCAUUCAUAAUCUAUUCAUUUAUUUGUUCAUGGAAGGGAAAUGACUUCUUAAAAAAUAAUUAUACCCAGUCCUGACCAUAUCUAAAUCCAGUAUUGGGAUCUUGCACAAAGUAUUUAUAUUAUUAAAAGAAAAUAAGAACAACGCUUGUGUUGAAACAUUGACAUGUAUAAAUAUUCAGUAUUUAUACUGCUCUGAAAAUCACAUCCAAAUGGAAUGUUAACCGUGAAGCGGACCAUUUGAAUAAAGAUGAACUAAUACCAUUGUUCACAUGAUAUUCAGUCAUAAGGUUUAUUAUAUCUGAAGGGUUGUGGAAUAGUUUAAUUAUGCAAUGGUUUCACAUUAUUAGUAAAAGGACUAGGGUUUUGAAAACAUUACCGUAGUUAUACCGGCAGGACGAUUUAAAAUGUAUUAAUGUAUAAAAUAUGCCUUAUAAUAAAACAGGAAAUAUGGGAAGAUGUGAGAAAUUUAUCAAGUGGCAUACAGGUAUGGGUUUAGUCUUUUUUUACGGCAAAAAUAAAUGUCCCAUAUAAAUUGUCUCUUGCGCUUUCCACCAGAGGGCCAUGUGGAGAUGCGCGCCCAUCUUUACUUGGCAACGUAGGCAGAAAUUCCGACAAA